CUUGUCUUUCUUUCAUUCCAGAGACAUAGGCCAUGUUCAGUACCAGCGCCAAAAUCGUGAAGCCCAAUGGCGAAAAGCCAGAUGAGUUCGAGUCUGGCAUUUCCCAGGUAAGCUAUGGCAAAUCUGUCAAUAUAUGGCACUUUAUAUAACACUUCCUUGGUCAUGUGGCUAAUGCUGUUUGCAAUAUUCAACAUACAACCUUCUUUCUAGGCUCUCCUGGAGCUGGAGAUGAACUCGGACAUGAAGGCUCAGCUGAGGGAGCUGAACAUCACUGCUGCAAAGGUAAGGAUCCUGUAAUGCAUGUCUUGUAUUUGCCUUCAUUCUUGACUGUUUGCUCAGACCAUUUUGGAUUUUUGAAACGUGGUAAGAGUUUGUCUGACCCUUAGUAAAAGGAGCUGUGUGGUGUUUGAGUUUAACCCCAACGUGGACAUCCUGUGAGGUUGCUCUCGCAUGGCUCUGUCCUUGUGGCGUAUGGGAGCGUAGCACUUCAAAGUGCUGUGACGUACAGUCCCGUUCCACGACGUUGGAGAGCAAGCUUUGUCCCCGGCCCUCGGGCUGGUGAGGACGGCGUUCUGUAUAUUCCUACAUCUUCCCAGAGCUCUUUAGGCCAUGACUGGGGGGCUAAACCAUGCAGUGCAUACUAUUUUUCAUUCAGACAGCUAAUGCACUCAAAGCAUCUACUAAAGUGUUUUUGUAUUUGCCUCUGUUUGUGUUCUAACUGAAAUGGUAUCCUCUCCCUCAGGAAAUUGAAGUUGGUGGUAGCAGGAAAGCCAUCAUCAUCUUUGUCCCCGUGCCCCAGCUGAAAUCUUUCCAGAAGAUUCAGGUGCGACUCGUGAGGGAGCUGGAAAAGAAGUUCAGCAGCAAACACGUCGUCUUCGUUGCACAGGUUAGGGUGAUGUUGUCUCGCUGUCCUGUUUUCCAUGAGUUGCAGGGGCAUUUUGCAGAGCUGUUGUUGUGACCCCGCUGUCGGUUAGCUUGGUUCUUUUGGAGAAGUCUGACAUCUGAGUGCUCAAAUAUACAUGUUUCUAUGCUGUGAGUGUAGCAUAAUAUCAACGUGGACAUCUGGUGAGGUUGCUCUCGCAUGGCUCUGUCCUUGUGGCGUAUGGGAGCGUAGUACUUCACAGUGCUGUGACGUACAGUCCCGUUCCACGACGUUGGAGAGCAAGCUUUGUCCCUGGCCUUCCGGCUGGUGAGGACGGCGUUCUGUAUAUUCCUACAUCUUCUCAGAGCCCUUUGGGCUAUGACUGGGGGGCUAAACCAUGCAGUGUACAUUACUUAUUUAGAAUGCUUGUUGGGCUUUAAAAGUCUGCCUGUUUAAAUUGGUAAUCCUUGAUAUUUUGAUUCAACUUGCAGAGGAGAAUCCUGCCCAAACCAACCAGGAAAAGCCGUAUCAAGAAUAAGCAGAAGCGUCCCAGGAGGUGAGUUCUGUUGUCACACCUGCAUGUCCACGACUACAUACUCUAUGGAAGAGACAAUGGGUUGUAGCUUUAAAGUUGGAGCAAAUGGGUGCUAGUUUUAUAAGUUAAAAUUGUUGUGCCAUUGUUGUGCACACCAUAUUUGGACCCAACGUGGACAUCCGGUGAGGUUGCUCUCGCAUGGCUCUGUCCUUGUGGCGUAUGGGAGCGUAGCACUUCAGUGCUGUGACGUACAGUCCCGUUCCACGACGUUGGAGAGCAAGCUUUGUCCCCGGCCCUCCGGCUGGUGAGGACGGUGUUCUGUAUAUUCCUACAUCUUUCCAGAGCCCUUUGGGCCAUGACUGGGGGGCUAAACCAUGCAGUGUACAAUUUUACUAACACCAUGUCAUAUGCUUUUAAUGGGAUUUUGCAUAGGUUAUUAUAUAUAGCUACAAGAUUAAAUGGGGACAAACUAUAUAAUGCAACAACUUUCCCUCCUAUUACUCUGCGUUAUCCUGUGAGUAGGGCUGUUAACCCCGGUGUCCUGGCUAAAUUCCCAAUCUGGCCCUCAUACAUCAUGGUCGCCUAAUCAUCCCCAGCUUCCAAUUGUCUCAUUCCUCUCCCCUGUAACUACUCCCCAGGUCAUUGCUGUAAAUGAGAAUGUGUUCAGUAAAAUUACCUGGUAAAAUAAAAAUAUAUAUAAUCUAAAGCAGACACUGCUUGUCUCCAGUAAUGAUUUCAAUACACCUGCAUAGCUUUUUGAUUCAGUUGCCCUUUCCAAUACAUGCAUUCAAACAUGUAUAAAGAAUAUUCUUCUGAUUUUGAAUGAGACUGAUCUGUAGGGGAAAUAGUUUUCGCAGGGUUUAGAACAUUUCUGUAAUCACCCCAAAUGUCUAAUGCGCAUUGUUAUGUUUCUCCAGCCGUACUCUGACCGCUGUGCACGAUGCCAUCCUUGAAGACCUGGUCUUCCCCAGUGAGAUUGUCGGCAAGAGGAUCCGCGUGAAACUGGACAGCAGUCGGCUCAUCAAGGUCCAUCUUGACAAGGCGCAGCAGAACAACGUUGAACACAAAGUGAGUCAUGUAGUAGUCUGCUAGUUCGCCCACCUUAACCCCAACGUGGACAUCCGGUGAGGUUGCUCUCGCAUGGCUCUGUCCUUGUGGCGUAUGGGAGCGUAGCAUUUCACAGUGCUGUGACGUACAGUCCCGUUCCACGACGUUGGAGAGCAAGCUUUGUCCCCGGCCCUCGGGCUGGUGAGGACGGCGUUCUGUAUAUUCCUACAUCUUCCCAGAGCCCUUUGGGCCAUGACUGGGGGGCUAAACCAUGCAGUGUACAACUUCUCUUGACUGAUGUCUCAACUGAUUUAUGUGCUGCAAAUGUCUUGUGCCAAAUGCAUGCCUUUUGCAUUGUCAUAUGCAAUUGAUAUAUUGAUCAUUGUGACCUGUAAAUGUUGCAGUGGUUAACCAGUGAUUGCCUCUAUUUUCAGGUUGAGACCUUCUCCGGUGUCUACAAGAAGCUCACAGGCAAAGACGUUGUUUUCGAAUUCCCCGAAUUCCAACUGUAGAGUGCAGAUGACGACAAAAUAAAUGAGUUUAUUCUCAA